UGCUUCAACCAUCUCAAGACUCUUCUUGGCAGUGGUCUUGUCUGCAGCAAAAAGACGUCUCGUGAUGUGACUCAAACGCGAGGGUUUUGGCGACUUACAUGACCAGAGCCCUCCAGUCGGAACCAUCGACCCACAGGACUGCGGGCGACCUUGACGUUGACUGUGUCCAUCCAACCCAUGGCUGCGGCUGGGCUUUUGACCUGGAUAUGAUUUUUUCGAGAGCACACGCAAACGAACUGAAAGGACGAAUACGUCCUCUGGAAGAGAAGAGGGGAGACCAGAAAAGAUCUGCGGGAGCUCGCGGUUUUAAAGCACCUUCUCUACGUCGUCGACUUUUUUUUUUUCGCGUAUAUGGUGGGGCCUGGCUAAUGAUAGCGGUGGCGGUCCAGAGGAGAAAAUGGAACCAGGGGCGAGGCCGCGGGGUGUGGGAAAACAGGCAGAAAGAGGAAAAGAGGGCUGGUUUUGCCGAUUAUGGUGCUGGUUUCGGGGCUGUUGGCGGAAGAGGCGCCGGCGUUGGUUCCUCUAUCUCGCGUGGCCUUUUUUUCUUUUUUUUCCUUUUAUUUAAACUUGUAUGUAAUGCUUAUUUCGCGUGCAUAUGCGGCGGGAUCUUUUGCAGGGGCGGCUAUCAAUGUAGCGUCUCGUUGGAAAGGCAGAUGGCUGCAUCACGCAUUGCAUUUACAGAUGGGUGGGAGUGAGCGCCUUCCUUUGCAUCUCCAUCCGCGGUACGACGGGAAGGCGCGGUGGGACCCUUUGAGGCUGGG